UGAAUAUAAUUCGAAAUUGAGGUUCCAUGAACGUUUAUGAAGUGAAGAUCGCUCUACUUUUGAAGGCAGUUAAGUUUACAAAUUUUCACACCAUAAUAUCGUAUACAAAUGUACGGUUCGGUUUCCCACCCUAGAUUAACUUACGGUGUGGAGUUCAUAAAUUCCACGCCGAACUGGUUCUAACUACGGUGAGGAACAUAUCAUGUCCAAACCGUAUACCUUGCCUACGGUUUCGUCGACGAAAAAUUCCCCACCGUAGGAGGGGUUACAGUCUAGAUUCUGGGAUUUCUGAAAUCAAAAAGAUUCUUGAUUAUCUAUAAUUGGAGGAUUGUUCUCUGAUUUGAGGGAUGGUGAUUCACCUACUUUAUUCUUGUUAGAAACCAGGUUUCUAGGUUUUCCUCAAAUAUCUCUUCACUUGUUCUUCUUCUACUUCACUCCCAGAAAAACAAAAAAAUGAUUUUUGAUUUUCAAACAACGAGUAUAAAUCAAAUCAUUAAUCUAUUCAUGUCACAAAUCUAACUUAGUUUAGAUAAUCAACAUUUUAAAAAGGUCAUUUUAGAUAUAACAAAAAUAAAAAGGAUAAAGAAUUUUUGAAAUUAUUGUUUGAUGAUCCGUUUUUGUCAUUUUAUGAGCCAUCAAAACCUUUUGGUUGGAGCCCCUGUACAGAGCCCCUACUUUAUUCUCGUAUAUAGAGCCCCUAUAAUAAGUUUCAAUUGAAAAGCCAAAUAAAAUAAAAAAAAUAAAAGAACAAAAAACCAUAAAUGGGACACAACACAAAAGUUGAAAGGGCCUCAAAAGGCCUACAUCGCCAACUAUGCACGUUAAUACCACUCACUAAACGUGAAAUACCCGCCAAAUCGCUUUCUUCUCGUUAGCCCCAAAACAAAACAAGAACCAAAUCCAGAAAAAAAUUUGAGCGAAUCGAAGUAAUACUCCAUACUGAACUGAUUCAAUUUGGGUUCCUAAUUAUUAUUCUAAUCUCAAUCAAGAAGCAAACCUAGAUUCAUUUUACCUUUCCCAGAAAAAACCUAGAUUUCAUGGGCUAGACACAGAUCUGAUCACAAACCCUAGACAAAUGGCGAUAAUCAGUGAUGCACUACGACAAGCAUUUAUGCCAAAACAUGAAUACGAAAGUUUAAGAGAAGAAGAAAAAGCAUGGAGUCGUAUACAGAGACCUAUUGUAUUAGUUAUUGUAAUGAUUUUAGGUUUAAUGGUGUUAAUCUCAGUUACAAUUAGUUUAAAUAUUGUGUUUCCAUCUGAUAAUGGGAAUAGACCCUUUUGUCAUCAAAGGGUUCAGAUUAAUGAUAAUGGAUUAUUAGGAGGAAGUGGCGAAUCAGAUUUGUUUCCUGGGGCUUUUUAUUUGACCGAACAAGAAGCUGUUGAUUAUUAUUGGAUGGUUGUGUUUAUACCUUCGGCGAUUAUUUUCGUUGUGUCUUCGGUUUAUCUUCUCGCAGGAAUGGCUGUUGCAUAUUCUGCACCAACAAGAAACGGAUGCUUAAAGGUUGUGGAAAACAACUAUUGCGCCUCAAAAAGGGGUGGAGUUCGCUGUCUAUCUAUUCUGAACAUUGUAUUUGCCAUCAUCUUUGGUCUUCUCGCUGUGUUUCUUGGUUCAAGCCUCCUCACACUUGGCAGCAGUUGUACCCUUCCCUUGUUCUGGUGUUACGAGAUUGCUUCAUGGAGUCUGGUCAUUUUCUAUGGAGGAACUGCAUUCUUGCUUAGAAGAAAGGCAGCUACUAUUCUUGACGAGGGUGACUUUGCAGGUCGAAAUUUUGGAUUGGAGAUGUUGGAGGCAGCCCCUCAGGAGGUGACUCCAGAAGUGGAGAGGCGCGUGAAUGAAGGCUUCAAGACAUGGAUGGGUUCAUCCCUCUUAUCUUCCGACGAGGAAGAUGGGCCUGACGAUUAUCUGGAGGUGGCUUAUCCUACCCGAACCAACUCUGGCAGCCGACAACGUGUAUGAUCUAUAUAUUUCUCUUAGUUGGGUGAAUGACUUCUCCCCUGUAACCUUUUACUGGUAUUUGCCAAAUGUUUGUUACCACAUACAACUAGGGGAGACCAGAAAGCUAGUCUUAGAAAGUAGAAUGUGUUAACAAUUUUGUGAAUGGAAAGUAAAGAAAGUGGCACAGGUUCCACUUGUAAUCAUACACGAAAAGAAGGAUGUCUUUUUUAUAGGUUGUAACUGGUGGCUUACUGAGUAUAUUCAAUGCAAGGAUAUUGAAAAUCAGGAUGUCUUUUUUAUAGGUUGUAACUGGUGGCUUACUGAGUAUAUUCAAUGCAAGGAUAUUGAAAAUCUAUGUGAAUAAUCUUCUGAAUUCUUAUACCUA